AUGGUGAAAGCGAAGGUCCCAGCACCCACACUCUCCUCGAGCAGCCCCGCAGCCAAACCAGGCCUUGUCAAGAAGCUAAAUAAGAAAAACAAGAAGGGACAAUUGUGGAAAAACAAAGCGAAAGAAGUCAACAAGAAACCGGAGAGCGGUCCCAAAUUUGUCGUGGUGCGACCUCCAAAGGCACCCGAAGAAUUUUCUCAGAACUGGAAAACGCUGCAAGAGCUGUUGAAACAAAAAACACAGACUCCAGAAAAGCCUCUGGUUAUCUCUCAAAUGAGAUCCAAAAAGCAAUGCAAAAUUACCUGGCAGAGCAGAAGCAUGGCCUCAGAUCCAGGGAGGGGAGGUGAGGCAGAGCAGCCCAGGCUGGCGGGGAGCUGGUGCCAGGAGGCCGGCAGGGGCUCUGAGCCUGCAGGAGCCCUGAUGGUUAGGAAGGUGCCAGCACCUCCUGCAAAGGCCACCAGAGCAGAGCAUGAUGAGAAAGGAACCACGAAAAGGACAAAUGGUGACAUGCUCCCAACACAAGGGGACAUCAAGCAUAAGAAGCGGAAAGCUGAGGCAGUGGCUCCAGCCCUGCCCACUGAGGAUGACAUCUGGUUUGACGAUGUUGACCCAGAGGAUAUCGAGGCUGCCAUAGGCCCAGAGGCAGCCAACAUAGCAAGGAAGAGGCUGGGUCAGCAUGAAAGCAACAUCACCCUGGUGAAGGAGCAGGGCUUCAGCGGCCUGACCAGAGCCCUGGCCCUGGACUGUGAGAUGGUAGGCGUGGGCCCCAAUGGGGAGGAGAGCAUCGCUGCCCGAGUGUCCAUUGUAAACCAGCAUGGGAAGUGUGUUUAUGACAAGUACAUCCAGCCGACAGAGCCUGUGACGGACUACAGGACAGCAGUCAGUGGGAUCCGGCCGGCGGACCUCAAGCAGGGGGAAGAGUUUGCUGUCAUCCAGAAGGAAGUGGCAGGAAUGCUGAAGGGCAGGAUUCUGGUUGGACACGCGCUGCACAACGACUUAAAGGUGCUGUUUCUUGAUCACCCAAAAAAGAUGAUCCGGGACACACAGAAAUAUAAGCCUUUCAAGCGUCAAGUCCAGAGUGGAAGGCCAGCUCUGAAGCUGCUCUCAGAGAAGAUUCUGGGCAUCAGAGUGCAGCAGUCAGAACACUGUUCGAUUCAAGAUGCCCAGGCAGCAAUGAGACUCUAUGUCAUGGUGAAGAAGGAGUGGGAAAGGACCUUCAAAGACAAGCACAAGACUGCCACUGUGCCCGACAACAGCCUCAUGUGA